UGGGAGCGGGCCCGGAGCCUUGGCCAUAAAGCCCGAGGCGGCGACGGCGGCGGCGUUGGAGGCUGGUAGAGCGCAGAGGAGUCCGCUGGUGCCGGUAUUUGGACUUCUCUGCCCCGUCCUCUGUUGCGUCUCCUCGGCGAGCCCCGCGCAGCGGCCGCGUUUGAAGGAUGACCUCUAGGAAGAAAGUGUUGCUGAAGGUUAUCAUCCUGGGAGAUUCAGGUGUUGGUAAGACAUCACUCAUGAACCAAUAUGUGAAUAAGAAGUUCAGUAACCAGUACAAAGCCACAAUAGGAGCAGACUUUCUGACCAAGGAGGUGAUGGUGGAUGACAGACUAGUUACCAUGCAGAUCUGGGACACAGCCGGUCAGGAACGGUUCCAGUCUCUUGGUGUGGCCUUCUACAGAGGUGCAGACUGCUGCGUUCUGGUGUUUGACGUGACUGCCCCCAACACGUUCAAAACUCUUGAUAGCUGGAGAGAUGAGUUUCUCAUUCAGGCCAGUCCCCGGGAUCCUGAAAAUUUCCCUUUUGUUGUAUUGGGAAACAAGAUUGACCUUGAAAACAGACAAGUGGCUACAAAGAGGGCACAGGCCUGGUGCUACAGCAAAAACAACAUUCCCUACUUUGAGACCAGUGCCAAGGAGGCCAUCAAUGUUGAGCAGGCCUUCCAGACAAUUGCAAGGAAUGCCCUUAAGCAGGAGACAGAGGUGGAGCUGUACAAUGAAUUCCCUGAACCCAUCAAACUGGACAAAAACGACCGGGCCAAGGCCUCAGCAGAGAGCUGCAGUUGCUGAAGGGGCAGUGAGUGCAGAGCACAGAGUCCUUCACAAACCAAGAACACACGUAGGCCUUCAAACACAAGCCCCUCCUCUUCUAAACAAAACAGAAAGUGAUCUCUCACAUCCAGCUGCCAAAAGAAGUCCCACCAAACACGGUCCCCACAUAUACACAACACAAGCAGACAAACUCCAGCCCAUGCCUGCAAGGGCUCCUGGAGUCAGCCACCCACCCUAUGUGUGGCAACAGGACGGGUGCUGUAGACCCCGCUCUGGUGUGCAAUCAGCAUUGGAAGCUUAUUGUUUUUGUCCACUGGAGAGAGAGAACUGUUUACAGUUAAUCUGUCUAAUUAGUUAUCUGAUUUUUUAAUGGUCUUGUGGUUCCCGUCCUGUCCCCCUCCUUUCCUCCCCCAAAGGUCCCCUUGGGAAGGCUGGUGCCCAUGCUUCAUUACAGGCUCACACCCAGUCUGGUCAGGCUGAGUUUUGUAUGUAUCUGUUAAUGCUUGUUACUUUUAACUAAUCAGAUCUUUUUACAGUAUCCAUUUAUUAUGUAAUGCUUCUUAGAAAAGAAUCUUAUAGUACAUGUUAAUAUAUGAAACCAAUUAAAAAAUGUAUAAAUUAGUGU